CGCAAACUGUAUGGGUAAUGAUGAAUGUCCAUUGACAUUAGAUGAUGCUGGCGGCGUUUUAGGACAUGCAUACUUUCCUGACUCUAGCGGCACCUGUAGAGAAAUCCAUUUAGAUAUAAAUGAACGCUGGUAUUUUGGAAAUAAUCCUAAUAUACCCAAAAAUCAAACUAGUUUUCUUAUGGUGUUGGUUCAUGAAAUUGGACAUGCCCUCGGCAUAGCACAUAGUGCUUCUCCGAAUGCUAUUAUGUUUGCCUUCUAUCAGCAUGAGAUUCGUGGUCUAGAUGUUGAUGAUAUAAAUGCAGUACAAUAUCUAUAUGGAAGAAAAAACAAAUAUGAUUCAAUCCCAACGUCUACCACCGCAUCAGCAAUACCAAAAACAACAACAACUAUAAGAUCUACAACUCCGGAGUCCUCGGAAGAUGAAGGUUUGAUCGAAACAGAUAAUACUGCUAAUCAUUCGUGGCGGGAAACUUGUGAUACCAUGAGCAACAUACCUUUUGUAAAGGACAAUAAGAAAAAACUUGUCAUUAGACGAGUCAAUGGUACUGUGGAGAGGAAGACUUAUUUUCCGACAGUAAUCAAGAAUAAGCGCCAUAAAUGUGGCAUCAAACUGUACAUGUUAAUGGAACCCAAUGGUCUUAUUCUUCAAAUGUUGGUGUAUACUGGCCAGCUUGAUACGAUAGGAGGAAAAGGGCAUUCCCAAAAGGUGGUUUUGGAAUUAUUGCGUGGAAAACUUCUUCAUGGCCAUUCGAUAUACAUGGAUAAUUUCUAUAAUUCUUUCGAGCUGGCUAAAACUUUGCUGCAACAAAAAACUUUCUGCACAGGUAAUUUACGUACCGAUAGAAAAGGAGCACCACAAGAUGUUGUUAAGGCUAAGUUAGGUAAAGGUCAACAUAAAGCUCAGUACUUGGAUAGCAUUAUGAUUGGUAAGUGGAAGGAUAAAAGAGAUGUCACCUACAUAUCCACAGAAUUCAAAAAUGAAAUGGUAUUGGUAAAAAAUAGAAGAGGACAGGAAAUGGAAAAGCCAUUGCCUAUCGUAAAAUAUAAUGAGUGUAUGGGUGGAGUGGAUAGGCAAGGCCAAUUGAUGUCAUAUUAUCCCGCUCAGCGUAAAACACUGCGCUGGUAUAAAAAACUUGGGAUACAUGUUAUCCAUCUUCUGCUACAAAAUUCGCAUAUCCUCUAUAAUAAAUUCAGCGGUAAAAAACUAUCAUAUUAUGACUUUCGGUUGGCUGUUUUGGAGAAACUUACACCAGCAGAAGAAACGGUUAAAAUCCAGAACGACGACCUAACGAAGUCCACGAACCUUCAUGCAAACAAAGUCGGAAAUGGUCACGUUAUUAUACCGCCAUUAAGAUAUAAGGAUUCAGAUGAUUUGACGCCCAAAAUGAUUUGGUCAGUAAACAACUACGAGAUAGAUUUUCCUGAAGAUACCAUGGCACUUGACCUCAAUAAUACCGAGAUAAAUUUGUGGUAG